GUGGGAUUAUUUGCUUGUCUAUAUGGGAUAAAGGAUAUCCGUGGCGGUGAUACCUUGGCAGACCGCCAGAGGUACUACAGUGGAAUAUUUGGGGUCAGCAGGGACAACGCCAAAAGAGAUAGAGCAGUUGAAGAUGUGUGUUAAGACAAGGAGAGAGAGAUCUGAUAUGGUGAGAUAGGACAGGAUCAUGCGGGCAGGUGGUGGGGCCAGAGGAAAGGAGAAGUGCAGCCGCCUCUUGUUCAGAAGCCGGGGAGAAAGUCUGAAGGGUAGGAAACGUAUGGUCUACGUGUGGUUUAGAAAGAGAAUGGCAGGGUAGCUGUUCAAUCUUGUCGGUAGAGUAGCAUGCAAAGCUAUCGGCUGUAAGGUUAGUUUGAUGGGUGGCCACAGCAGGGCGAAGAAGAGAAUUAGAGGUGUUAAAGAGAUGCCUGGGAAUGCAGGAGCAUGAACUAAUGAGAGAGGAAAAAUAUAACUGUUUGGCGAUGGCGAUGCAUAGCCAUAUCUUGUGAGACCUCAAGGAAGAGACGACCCCAGCUUCUUUCUUGGCAACUCCUGGAACUAUAUGAGUGUGUGUUACUGUGUACAGAUAUACAUUCAGUGUCUGUGUGAACUCCCCAGCCUUCUCCGUGUCACUGUGCCCAGCCCCUCGAUCUCCCUGGCUGUGCCCACCCACACACUAUAUAAAGUGGGUCCACAGCCCUGCAGACACUCUGCCUUCCUCCCAGCAACAGACCCUCAGGUGAGAGCCACGACAAUAAAAUAUGUAUGUUUGUAGCUUUAUGUAGAAAUUAGAUGUAGCUGUCUAAUUUUACAUUCCUUCUGAAUUUGUAUGAACUGACAGCUGAGAUUAUGUAUUUUUGUUUUUUGUACAUGUUUAUAUAUUUACUGAUGUAAUACUGUGUGAGGGGAGGCUGGCACUGCCGCUGUCUGUGCUGUACCUGUGCUGUGUAUACAUGGCAUGGUGUAGUAGUGUGUGUGAGGGGAGGCUGGCACUGCCACUGUCUGUGCUUUACCUGUGCUGUGUAUACAUGGCAUGGUGUAGUAGUGUGUAAGGGGAGGCUGGCACUGCCGCUGUCUGCGCUGUACCUGUGCUGUGUAUACAUGGCAUGGUGUAGUAGUGUGUGAGGGAAGGCUGGCACUGCCACUGUCUGCGCUGUACCUGUGCUGUGUAUACAUGGCAUGGUGUAGUAGUGUGUGAGGGGAGGCUGGCACUGCCGCUGUCUGUGCUGUACGUGUGCUGUGUAUACAUGGCAUGGUGUAGUAGUGUGUGAGGGAAGGCUGGCACUGCCGCUGUCUGUGCUGUACCUGUGCUGUGUAUACAUGGCAUGGUGUAGUAGUGUGUGAGGGAAGGCUGGCACUGCCACUGUCUGUGCUGUACCUGUUCUGUGUAUACAUGGCUUGGUGUAGUAGUGUGUGAGGGCAGGCUGGCACUGCCGCUGUCUUUGCUGUACCUGUGCUGUGUAUACGUGGCAUGGUGUAGUAGUGUGUGUGUGUGAGGGGAGGCUGGCACUGCCACUGUCUGUGCUGUACCUGUGCUGUGUAUACAUGGCUUGGUGUAGUAGUGUGUGUGAGGGCAGGCUGGCACUGCCGCUGUCUGCGCUGUACCUGUGCUGUGUAUACAUGGCAUGGUGUAGUAGUGUGUAAGGGGAGGCUGGCACUGCCGCUGUCUGCGCUGUACCUGUGCUGUGUAUACAUGGCAUGGUGUAGUAGUGUGUAAGGGGAGGCUGGCACUGCCGCUGUCUGCGCUGUACCUGUGCUGUGUAUACAUGGCAUGGUGUAGUAGUGUGUGAGGGAAGGCUGGCACUGCCACUGUCUGCGCUGUACCUGUGCUGUGUAUACAUGGCAUGGUGUAGUAGUGUGUAAGGGGAGGCUGGCACUGCCGCUGUCUGUGCUGUACGUGUGCUGUGUAUACAUGGCAUGGUGUAGUAGUGUGUGAGGGAAGGCUGGCACUGCCGCUGUCUGUGCUGUACCUGUGCUGUGUAUACAUGGCAUGGUGUAGUAGUGUGUGAGGGAAGGCUGGCACUGCCACUGUCUGUGCUGUACCUGUUCUGUGUAUACAUGGCUUGGUGUAGUAGUGUGUGAGGGCAGGCUGGCACUGCCGCUGUCUGUGCUGUACCUGUGCUGUGUAUACGUGGCAUGGUGUAGUAGUGUGUGUGUGUGAGGGGAGGCUGGCACUGCCACUGUCUGUGCUGUACCUGUGCUGUGUAUACAUGGCUUGGUGUAGUAGUGUGUGAGGGGGAGGCUGGCACUGCCGCUGUCUGUGCUGUACGUGUGCUGUGGAAUGCCCUCUAGCUGGCUGUUACAGAACCCUGUGCAUGAUAAGAUACGUUAUAUCACAUUGUGUAUUCUGCUUUCACUGACUAACAGGCACUAGAGGAGCUGGUCAUUUGAAUUGCAAUGUACACGGCGCUGUGUACCAUUAUUAUGGUUAUGGUAUAAUGUAUCCAUAGUGUAGGCGGGGGUGUGGAGUCUGGCAGAGUCUCUCUGCUUUGAUGACCUUUGCCUGAUGCUAUAAUCAUCCUGCCCUUUCUCUGUCUUCAAUAACUUUUACCCAGGGCUAUAAUAAGACUCCCAUGGAAAUAUUUAGGGAUCAAUGAUAAGAAUGUCUCACGUAGGCAACGUCUGCACUGAAUUAACAUUUUCAGUUUCAUUCUACAGCACGGCAUGUUUGUUAUCACCAUAUAGAUACUCAGUAUCAUUAUACAGAGCUCUGUGUUCAUUAUCAGUGUAUAGAGACUCAGUAUCAUUAUACAGAGCGGCGUGUUCAUUGACAGUGUAUAGAUACUCAGUAUCAUUAUACAGAGCGGUGUGUUCAUUAUCAGCGUAUAGAUACUCAGUAUCAUUAUACAGAGCGGUGUGUUCAUUAUCAGUGUAUAGAUACUCAGUAUCAUUAUACAGAGUGGUGUGUUCAUUAUCAGUGUAUAAUUACUCAUUAUUAUUAUUAUACAGCGCAGUGUGUUCAUUAUCGGUGUAUAGAUACUCAGUAUUAUUAUACAGUGCAGUGUGUUCAUUAUCAGCGUAUAGAUACUCAGUAUUUUUAUACAGUGCCGUGUGUUCAUUAUCAGUGUAUAGAUACUCAGUAUUAUUAUACAGCGCAGUGGGUUCAUUAUCAGUGUAUAGAUACUCAGUAUUAUUAUACAGCGCAGUGUGUUUAUUAUCAUUGUAUAGAUACUCAGUAUUAUUAUACAGCGCAGUGUGUUCGUUAUCGGUGUAUAGAUACUCAGUAUUAUUAUACAGUGCAGUGUGUUCAUUAUCAGUGUAUAGAUACUCAGUAUUAUUAUACAGCGCAGUGUGUUCAUUAUCAGUGUAUAGAUACUCAGUAUUAUUAUACAGCGCAGUGUGUUCGUUAUCAGUGUAUAGAUACUCAGUAUUAUUAUACAGCGCAGUGUGUUCAUUAUCAGUGUAUAGAUACUCAGUAUUAUUAUACAGCGCAGUGUGUUCAUUAUCAGUGUAUAGAUACUCAGUAUCAUUAUACAGAGCGGUGUGUUCAUUAUCAGUGUAUAGAUACUCAGUAUCAUUAUACAGAGCGCUGUGUUCAUUAUCAGCGUAUAGAUACUCAGUAUCAUUAUACAGGGCGGUGUGUUCAUUAUCAGUGUAUAGAUACUCAGUAUCAUUAUACAGAGUGCUGUGUUCAUUAUCAGCGUAUAGAUACUCAGUAUCAUUAUACAGAGCGGCGUGUUCAUUAUCAGCGUAUAGAUACUCAGUAUCAUUAUACAGAGCGCUGUGUUCAUUAUCAGUGUAUAGAUACUCAGUAUCAUUAUACAGAGCGGCGUGUUCAUUAUCAGUGUAUAGAUACUCAGUAUCAUUAUACAGAGCGGUGUGUUCAUUAUCAGUGUAUGGAUACUCAGUAUCAUUAUACAGAGCGGCGUGUUCAUUAUCAGUGUAUAGAUACUCAGCAUCAUUAUACAGAGCUGUGUGUUCAUUAUCAGCGUAUAGAUACUCAGUAUCAUUAUACAGAGCGGUGUGUUCAUUAUCAGUGUAUAGAUACUCAGUAUCAUUAUACAGAGCGGUGUGUUCAUUAUCAGUGUAUAGAUACUCAGUAUUAUUAUACAGAGCGGCGUGUUCAUUAUCAGUGUAUAGAUACUCAGUAUUAUUGAUUAUCAGUGUAUAGAUACUCAGUAUUAUUAUACAGAGCUGGCGUGUUCAUUAUCAGUGUAUAGAUACUCAGUAUCAUUAUACAGAGCGGUGUGUUCAUUAUCAGUGUAUAGAUACUCAGUAUCAUUAUACAGAGCGGUGUGUUCAUUAUCAGUGUAUAGAUACUCAGUAUCAUUAUACAGAGCGGUGUGUUCAUUAUCAGUGUAUAGAUACUCAGGUAUUAUUAUACAGAGCGGUGUGUUCAUUAUCAGCGUAUAGAUACUCAGUAUCAUUAUACAGAGCGGUGUGUUCAUUAUCAGUGUAUAGAUACUCAGUAUCAUUAUACAGAGCGGUGUGUUCAUUAUCAGUGUAUAGAUACUCAGUAUCUUUAUACAGAGCGGUGUGUUCAUUAUCAGUGUAUAGCUACUCGAUCAUUAUACAGAGCGGUGUGUUCAUUAUCAGCGUAUAGAUACUCAGUUAUUAUACAGAGCGGUGUGUUCAUUAUCAGUGUAUUGAUACUCAGUAUCAUUAUACAGAGCGCUGUGUUCAUAGAUACUCAUUAUUAUUACACAGAGCAGGGUGUUCAUUAUCAGUGUAUAGAUACUCAGUAUCAUUAUACAGAGCAGGGUGUUCAUUAUCAGUGUAUAGAUACUCAGUAUCAUUAUACAGCAUGGCAUGUUCGUUAUCAGCAUAUAGAUAUAGAUAUUAUGAUACAGAGUAGUAUGUUCAUAAUCCGUGUUCAUGUGUAUCCAUCCCCCUGCUCCCCACCAAUUUAAAGGAUCACUGUAGGCACCCAGACCACUUCAGCUUAAUGAAGUGGUCUGGGUGCCUGUUCCAGCUAGGAUUAACCCUUUCUUCUAUAAACAUAGCAGUUUCAUAGAAACUGCUAUGUUUAUAAUAGGGUUAAUCCAGCCUCUAGUGGCUGUCUCAUUGACAGCCGCUAGAGGCGCUUCCGCGCUUCUCACUGUGAAUUUCACAGUGAGAAGAUGCCAGCAUCCAUAGGAAAGCAUUGAGAAUGCUUUCCUAUGAGACUGGCUGAAUGCGCGCACGGAUCUUGCCGUGCAUGCGCAUUCAGCCAGGGACAUCAGAAGAGGGAGGAGAGGAGAGUCCCCCGCCGGAAAAAGAGGUAAAUUUAACCCCUUCCACCCCCUAGUGUUUUCCUCGCACUAUAGGGGUCCUUUAAUCAUUCCCCUUUUCUUCUCCAGUAUAUUCCAGUAUACCAGUGUAUCCAUCUACCUGGUUAAAGAUGCUUAAUAAUCCUAUAAAACCAGUUUUUCCUAUCUUAUAGGCAACAUGUCCAUUCAGAAGAUCCACGCCAGGGAGAUCCUGGAUUCCAGGGGAAACCCUACAGUAGAGGUUGACCUGUACACAGGCAAAGGUGGGUCAAUGUCCAGCUGGUAACACAUAGACUGGAAUUCUCAGUGUCUUGAUGUGACACAUAUGUUUUGCUUCCAGGUCUCUUCCGGGCGGCUGUGCCCAGUGGGGCGUCCACUGGAAUAUAUGAGGCUCUUGAGCUGAGGGAUGGAGACAAGAGCCGAUAUUUGGGCAAAGGUGAGACAAUUGUAUGGAGCCGAAUGUUUGGUAGCAUAACUGUGUGAUCUGAUAGAGGUUUGUUAUACAAGAGAUGGCUUGUUUUGGAAGUCCAUAUUAUGAGAUGUGAGCCAAUGUGGUCUCCAAGGAAGAGGGAUCAGACUCUUGUCAAUAUUCAAAUAGCAUAUCGUAAGGUUUUCUUUGUAGACAGAUCAUAAUACGAUGAUAUGAUGAAGAAACACAGGGACAGGGGGAAAGGGUCAUUCGAUGUCUGAGAUUCCUGAAUUGCCUUAUAACUGGGAAGUCCCAACACUGGUGGAACAAGGAUCUCUGUCAGGGGCGAGCAGGUUCAGCAUAAAACUAUCUAACUGAAAAUGAAACGUUUCAGGAUUUGGGGUAAAUGGUACAAUGAUGGGAGAAAUUUGUAAGUCAUGACCUGUGAGUCACUGGAACUAGAACAGUACUAGAUAACAUAUUUUGGGCUAUUAGCAGUAAGAGGAGAGUUGAGGUUGGUUUCUCUAGCUUGGCUGGACCACAUUCCACAUUCCCGAGGCUCAGAGGUGGAGCUGAUCCCUCUAGUUUCUCUGCGUAACUUGCUUAAGCAUGUUCUGGGCCCAUGAAACGUGAGGGAAUAUUUUGAACAAAUCACCUUUCUAGUGUAAAAAUGGGAUAUAAUAGAGUGGCAAUAUGAUACAACAAAAUGCCCAUAUUUUGUACAUGGAACAUGUGGUUAUAAUUUUUUUCAAAUUCUUAAAUAUUUUAUGUGUGAGCUGAGCCAUACUUGUGUAUCAUGAUUAAACUGUGGCUUUCAAGGUAACAUCAAUGGCAUAAUUCACCAUCAUGAUGUACAAACACAACUCUCAAUACCUCGAGGAUGUCAGCGUUAUGACACUUUGACAUAAUAAUAUAUGUCAUCACCUGCCAGAUAGUGUGACAGGUGUGGCCCAGGGUCCACAUAGAGGCCAAUGUUCAGGUAAGGGUGGUCCUCUGAAGGCCCUAGAAUCUUGGUUAUAUUGUAUUUUCAGAGAUGAAACUGCUAUUCUGACCUGUCGUUAUUUUAAACUGGCAUUGGGAUUGCACCAUAGUUUUGUCAAGCAACUCUUGUUAGACCGGGGAGGUUAAAUGUGGUUCACCUAGUGACAGACAGAUUCAGGGUUAUAUCUGUGAAUCUCUUGGACUUUAACUGAUGACACUCUGAAGUUCUGGUCUAACGCUCUGCAAUCUGCCAUGUCUCAUAGGUGUUCUGAAGGCUGUGGAUCACAUCAACAAGACCAUUGUACCGGCUUUGCUGGAGAAGGUAUGAGGAUCGAUGAAGGUAUAAUAAUAUAAAUAGUGGUGAGUUAAUAAAUAAAUGUCUGACUUCUGCUCUAUCGUUUUAGAAACUUAGUGUUGUGGAACAAGAAAAGAUUGACAAAGUGAUGCUGGAACUUGAUGGGACAGAAAAUAAGUGUAAGUAGCAGAGCGGGAUACAGUCAUGAAUUGAAGAGAGGUGUAAUACUGCAUUUGUUGCUGUUGAUGUAUCUCUGCAGAAAAAUUCACACUGAUACAUUGUGCUCCUGCAGCUAAAUUUGGUGCUAAUGCCAUCCUGGGUGUUUCUCUGGCCGUGUGCAAGGCUGGUGCAGCAGAGAAAGGUGUCCCCUUAUACCGUCACAUCGCUGACCUGGCCGGAAACCCUGACCUCAUCCUUCCCGUCCCUGUGAGCAGUGCUUUAAAUAUACCUAGAUUAUCCUAUAACGCAGUGUUUCCCAACCCAGUCCUCAAGGCACACAUACCAGUCCAGGAUUUAGGGAUUACCCAGUUGUGUCUAAGGUGUUUUUACAAAGAAGAAAAAAAACACCUUAGACACAACUGGGUAAUCCCUAAAUCCUGGACUGGUAGGUGUGCCUUGAGGACUGGGUUGGGAAACACUGCUAUAACGGUGCCAUGUCCUUCCUCGACUCUUUCUGUUACUGUCCCUCCUCUGUUACUGUCCCUUCUCUUCAUUCUAUCACUAUUCCCUCACCUCCCUAUAUUCAUUCUGUCAUUGUUCUCCUCUCCCCGUAUUCAUUCUGUCACUAUUUUCUCUCCUUUCUUUUUUUUAUUCUGUCACUGUUCCUUCUCCUUUGCUCCUAGUAUUGUCUCCUAUGUUAACAUCUUCACGGCCUUUGUCUCUCACCAGGCCUUUAAUGUCAUCAACGGGGGUUCACACGCAGGGAAUAAGCUGGCCAUGCAGGAGUUCAUGAUCCUUCCCGUGGGGGCCUCUACUUUCCGGGAGGCAAUGCGUAUUGGAGCAGAGGUCUACCACAACCUGAAAAAUGUCAUAAAGGCCAAAUAUGGAAAGGAUGCCACCAAUGUCGGUGAUGAAGGUGGAUUCGCUCCCAACAUUCUGGAGAACAAUGAAGGUAAGGAGGCCACUGUGAGAGAAUACUAAUAAUAUAAACAUGGACUAAAUAAAUAAUAAAUGGUGUAACAUCAAGUGCGCAGAUGGAUGAAUGUUGACUAAAUAAAGGAAUAUUACCUGCUGUACAGGUAAAUUAAUAUAUAUAAAAAGGGAAAAGUGAAACCUAUCUUGACCUAAGGUUGCUCUGCUGCUGCUGCUACCUCACACAUGCCUCUUUUUGUAAAAUAAGUCGGCAAUGAAUAAUAACUACUAUAAAACACUGAUCUACAGCCUUGGAGCUACUUAAAUCAGCUAUCGAGAAAGCUGGCUACACUGAUAAGAUUGUCAUUGGUAUGGACGUGGCUGCUUCAGAAUUCUACCGCAAUGGCAAAUACGACCUUGACUUCAAAUCCCCGGAUGACCCAACUCGUUACAUCUCAGGAGAGAAAUUGGGAGAUCUGUAUAAGAGCUUCAUUAAGUCAUACCCAGGUAUGUUGUUCAUGGUACUCAUAGAGUGAUGUUGAGCGAGAGAGACAGACGGAGGGUGUCCCUCCCAUACAGUACUUUAUUAUGAUGGUGUUUCCCCUUUCAGUGGUCUCCAUUGAAGAUCCAUUUGACCAGGACGACUGGGAAACUUGGAAGAGUUUCCAGAGCACAGUUGAUAUCCAGAUAGUUGGAGAUGAUUUAACUGUCACCAAUCCCAAGAGAAUCCAGCAGGCUGUGGAAAAGAAAGCAUGUAAUUGUCUGCUCCUGAAAGUCAACCAGAUUGGCUCAGUCACCGAGUCCAUCCAGGCGUAAGUACAAUAUCUGGACCUUGGUCACCCUGUGUCAACUCCAAUAAGGAAGCUGUAUUCAAGGCUGUGCAUAACUGGAUGUAUUGAUUAGAAAUUAGUCCCUUUUUCACUUUUAACUCACUUGAUCUGCUGUCGCUGGUGAUGUCUCUAGUGCACUAACCCCUACUUCCCCAUUGGCUGUGCUCUUUGGCAGAAUUAAUCUUUCUCUGUGUACAAGGGGCAAUUGAAUAACUGCCUCCUGCCAGCCAUCGUAGAGUUAGUUACCCAUAUGGACAUUAAUCUCAUGGUCCGGUCACCACAAUGAAUUGUUACAGAGAGAAAAAUAGAUAUAUUAUUUACAAAAAGUACUCUUGGUAUAGACAGCACAAUGCUGCCACACUUCUAAUUAUCUUCGGUUGUUUUGAGCAUGUUUCCUAGUCAGUACCCAAGUGCCCAUUGUUCAGGAUUACCCAGUAGUAAUACUCUCUUUUGGAGUAUUGUCGAGUACCGCCAAUAGCUAUGCAGUGAAUGUUCACACAAUCAGUAAUGUAUAUAAAACGGAAGAUGGAUUCCACCUGGAACUAUUGGUGCCACUGUUAGGCACGUUAUAAAAGUGGAUAUAAAUUGUACAUCUAGUGAUACCGAGUAUCUCUGCAGGUGUAAAUUGGCUCAGUCCAAUGGAUGGGGGGUUAUGGUGAGUCAUCGUUCUGGAGAGACUGAAGACACAUUUAUUGCCGACCUGGUGGUGGGACUGUGUACUGGACAGGUAAGAAAGGAGCAAUGAUGGAAAUAAAUGGGAAAAAGGAACUGAUUGACAAACUGGGAACAAACAAUAGGAGGGAGGAUAGCUACAAACAGAAAGGACAGCAAGGUUCGAAAGGAUAGGAGACAAUAGUGAAGGAGUAAGAGAGGUGGUAGAGUGGUGAAGAGUGAAUGAAGGAUGAUUUACAGAAUAACCUAAUAUAUAUAGGCAGCAUCUGGUUAUGAGUGCCGGGGGAAUGAAGGAUCAUGUGAAUGCGUGCGUUGGGAAGACAUGAUACAUUGGAAUGAUAAAGACUAAGCUCACCACUCCGUUCUCUUCACACAUGUUAUUUCUCUUCUGGACAGAUUAAGACAGGAGCUCCAUGUCGGUCAGAGAGACUUUCUAAAUACAACCAGCUCAUGAGGUAAGAAUAUCUAGUGUCUGAACAACUUCACUACAGCAAGGUGUGCAUCCUACAUACACUACACCAUGCCAUUCAUAAACACACAGAUACAGUGUCGAUAGCAACACACUGCUACACCAUGCCAUGCAUACAUAGAUACAGUGCAGACAGCAACACACUGCUGCACAAUGCCAUGCAUACACAGAUACAGUGCAGACAGCAAUACACUGCUACACCAUGCCAUGCAUACACAGAUACAGUGCAGACAGCAACACACUGCUACACCAUCCAUGCAUACACAGAUACAGUGCAGACAGCAACACACUGCUACACCAUGCCAUGCAUACACAGAUACAGUGCAGACAGCAACACACCGCUACACCAUCCAUGCAUACACAGGAUACAGUGCAGACAGCAACACACUGCUACACCAUGCCAUGCAUACACAGAUACAGUGCAGACAGCAACACACUGCUACACCAUCCAUGCAUACACAGAUACAGUGCAGACAGCAACACACUGCUACACCAUGCCAUGCAUACACAGAUACAGUGCAGACAGCAACACACUGCUACACCAUCCAUGCAUACACAGAUACAGUGCAGACAGCAACACACUGCUACACCAUGCCAUGCAUACACAGAUACAGUGUCGAUAGCAACACACUGCUACACCAUCCAUGCAUACACAGAUACAGUGCAGACAGCAACACACUGCUACACCAUCCAUGCAUACACAGAUACAGUGCAGACAGCAACACACUGCUACACCAUCCAUGCAUACACAGAUACAGUGCAGACAGCAACACACUGCUACACCAUGCCAUGCAUACACAGAUACAGUGUCGAUAGCAACACACUGCUACACCAUGCCAUGCAUACACAGAUACUGUGCAGACAGCAAUACACUGCUACACCAUGCCAUGCAUACACAGAUACAGUGCAGACAGCAAUACAACAAACCUAACACACUGCUACAUCAUACCAGGUACAUACAGCAUUAGUGCCAGCCUCUCCUGACAUACAUUGUACCAGACUCACCACUUCCUUUCCUCCCGCAGGAUUGAAGAGGAGCUCGGAGAUAAGGCUAAGUUUGCUGGUCGUAGCUUCAGAAACCCCCGUGCCAAGUAAACGCUGGCAGCAGCACCACAUCGAAGCUAUGUCUAUUCUAACUGAAGCCCAGAAUCCUUUGCAAUGCUCUUGCCAACAUUUAAAGAAGUCCAUUCCUGCAGUACUGUGCACACCAUCUGAUUAAAGGAUUUACCUGCCAGGGCUCGAUAACGUAGCCUUAAAUUGCACAACGUCAAAUGUUUGUAAGAAUCCUAUAAAUAUAUAUGUCACAACAGAACCCCAAGUUAAUUUUGGAAUCAACUGUAAAGAAUUAAAUCCUACAAAUAACCCUUUCUAUUGGUGUCUGGAAUUUGUUCUCAGUAAUAUAGUCAUGCGCAAACUAUAAAACACAACAACGACAACACAGGAGACAAGA